AGCCCUCCAGCACCAUCGAACACUAAGAAAGCGUACAAAUGCGACUACCCGAACUGCCAGAAGACCUACUACAAGAGCUCCCACCUAAAGGUGCACCAGCGAAUUCACACGGGGGAAAGGCCGUUCAUCUGCAAGUGGGAGCGAUGCGACAAGCGAUUCGCCAGGUCGGACGAACUCUCACGACACUUCCGCACGCACACAGGCGAAAAAAAGUAUCGCUGCUCCGUCUGUCAGCGCAAUUUCAUGCGCAGCGACCACCUAACGAAACACAUGAAGCGACACAACGGC